AUGAAGAUGAACUCUACGAAGAAGAAGUCUUUGCUAAACAAAGUCAAGAGAGGGGAGGAACGACACGAUGCAGUCAUAGUUAAAACUGAAACUGAAGAGGGAGGCUCUCGUGAGGUUCACAUUCAUGGUGACGGUUUUAACAUCCAAAUCAAGGAGGAACCGUAUUCGCACGAGAUCAGUGAGGAGCACAGUGGGGACCCAUCAAGCUGCUCAGACACUAAGCCUGACAGCCUGAUCAAGGAGGAGUGUGACUCCGACCAACAGCCAGAACAUGAAUUCAAUGAAGCUGCUGUCAAGGAGGAGUCAGAGUCAUGGAUAAAAGAGGAGGCAGAGGGGAGAGAGGAGGUCUGCACAGAGGCGUCAUCUGAGUUCUUUCCAUGUCCACACUGCAAUGUCUCCUUCACUGACUUGGACUUCUUGGAGAAGCACAUCAAGUGGGUGCAUCAGAAGCAGUAUCUUGCCAAGCUGAAAAAAUGCCUCUCAAGCCGCACACUAAACCUCAUUACUAAACACACCUGCACUGUCUGCAGCAGCACCUUUAAGUCCAAAGUACACCUUAGGGUCCAUGUACGUGAAGCCCACCCUUCCGCCCCUCCCCGCAGGCUCCACCCAUGUCCAACCUGUGCACGCAGCUUCCAGUACCUGAAAAAUCUGAAGAACCACUGUCAGCGAUGGCACAACAUGUCUGUGGUUACCAGAGGAGGACAUCUCAGCUGUGCGGACUGUGGGAAGAGUUUCAAAGCUACCUGGGGUCAAGGGCCUCAUUUGUGUCAUGAACCAGGUAACACAGAACCCGAGGACAAGCCGAUCUGUCUGGACACCGGUGUGCAGUGUCCAGAAUGUGGCAAGAAGCUAUGCACACCUCAAAGCCUGGAGGAUCACAUGCGCACACACACAGGUGACCGUCCGUUUGUCUGCAAGGAUUGUGGCAGGAGGUUCGUGGAGCGCAGCGGUUGGCGGCAACACAUGAAAAUACACACGGGGGAGAAGCCACACAAAUGUCAGGUGUGUGGGAAAGCCUUUAUAAGAGCGCAUCACCUCAAGAGUCACUUAACCACACACUCUGGAAAGAAGGAAUAUUCUUGCUCUGAAUGUGGAAAGGAGUUUGGAUUCAAGUCAAGUCUGGUUCUGCACCUGAGGACGCAUUCCAGUGAGAAACCGUUCCAUUGCAAUGUAUGUGGAAAGAACUUUAACACCCCAAGAAACCUGAGGGUUCACUCCAGAAUCCACAGCAAUGAGAAAGCCCAUCAGUGUGGGGACUGCGGGCUGAAGAUCGGAGAUCUUGGGUCUUUGAAAAUACACCUGCGGACUCACACCGGAGAAAGGCCUUACCACUGCACAGUCUGCGGCAACAGGUUCAUUCGGCUUUCACAUCUGCGAAACCACCAACGCACCCACACUGGGGAGAGACCUUACAAAUGUAAUGAAUGCGACAAGAGUUUCACUCAGUCUGGCGACCUGGUGAAGCAUAAGAGGAUUCACUCUGGGGAAAAGCCCUUUGAAUGUCCAGACUGCCACCGCUGCUACACCUCCUCUGGUGAUCUCGGUAAGCACAGGAGGAGUCACACUAACCUGCGUCCCUACACGUGUCAAGAAUGUGGAAAAAGCUUUCGUUUGUCAGGCCAUUUGAAAACUCAUAUGUUAACUCACACAGGGGAGAAGCCAUAUUCCUGCCCCAACUGCCUCCGCAGGUUUGCUCGAUCUCACCAUCUUUCUGGGCAUGUGGCUAAAUGUCGCUGAGCUCUCAUUGGAGGAUUGUAAACAAGCUAAGCUGAUUUACCGUAUUUUCUGGACUAUAGAACGCACCUGAGUAUAAGCCGAACCCACCAAAUUAACCUCUGAAAUUACCUCUGAAAGCUUUUGUCGUCUUUUUGCAUUGCGUCAGUUCUUCACGCUGCCGUCU